CAUUUGACGAGUGAUAAAGUUCUAAGCAGAAAUUUGGAUUUCUAGGCCUUAUGAUAAAAAAUAAUUUAAAAGAGUUCAAUUAAAUAAACAAGUUUGUCUCCAUAAAUUUGGGCACUGAUGUCAUCUUCUAUCUUUUAGUUAUUAACUAAUCUAUUAACUAAUCUUUUAACUAUAAAAAAGCAAACAGGUUUUUGAAGUAUUUCAGUACAGUAUUUGGUGGCACAUAGAGUGAAACGUUUACAGAAAAUAAAGACGGUUAAUUGAAUUGCUUGGAAUUAACGAAAGAAAUUUCUGAGGAAAAAAAAUGGCUGAAUCAUGCUUAUCUGAAAUUCCCACCGAUUUAGUUCGAUCGGUGCUGUGUGAAACAAUUGAAAAAAAGUUGAAGUCGAAAAAGUACAAGAUGACAGUGAGCUCGGCAUCAAAAGCUGGCGAAAGUAAUUUCAUUGGUAUUGUAUACCGUGUAACGUUCAACAAAGAGGGUGAAAACAGUUCGGAGAAAUUAAUUCUCAAAGUUGCGCCACAGAAUGCAGCGCGUCGGGAACAAUUCAAUUCACAUGAAUUGUUUUUGCAGGAAAUUCAAGCGUAUAAUGUGAUUUUGCCAUUUUUCCGAAAAUUCGAGCAAUCAAAAGGUUUGGUAGUUGAAAAGGAUGGAUUCUAUGAAAAUCCGGCAUGCUAUCGAACGAUCGAUGAAGAACCCAGCGAAUGUCUUCUGCUCGAAGACUUAAGUGUUCGAAACUUUUCCAUCAUUGAUCGAUAUACGGAAGAAAUUACUGCUGAUCAUGUGUUUCUGGUCAUGAAAGCAUUGGCCAAGUUACACGCAAUUUCAUUCGCAUUAAAAGAUCAACAGCCAGAAAAAUUCCAUGAGCUUGCUUCAAGUUUGAAAGAAAUGUUUAUACGGGACAAUGAUAUAUUCAUACGGAAAUUUUUCAACAAACAAUUCCAAGGUGUGUUCCAAGUGCUGAAUAAAGAAGAAGAUGCCAAUUUAUUGGCCAAAGUGAAAAAUUUAUUCGAAACAAAGGAUGUAUUGGAUGUCGCUCGUGAUUGUUUGGAUUUACAAGCGACCGGAUCAGGCGCUGUUAUAUCGCAUGGAGAUACAUGGCAAAAUAAUACAAUGUUCAGAUACGACAACAAUGGAAAACCGAUCGAAGUGAACCUUUUGGAUUGGCAAAUAUGCCGCUAUUCAUCUCCAAUCAUUGACAUCGUGUAUUUCAUGUCCUGUUGCACCACAAAAGAAUUGCGCGACACACAUUAUGACGAUUUCCUGAACGUGUAUCAUAGCAGCUUGUCUGCACAUGUUCGACGAUUGGGUUCAAAUCUUGAUAAAUACUUCCCUUAUGCUACGAUGCUAGAACAUUUCCGCAAAUUUGCAAAAUUUGGUUUGAUUUUGUCUACAGUGUUGCUGCCAAUGAUUACAACGGAUCGUGGAAAUGGCCUUGAUUUAGAUGAACUCGCUGAGAAGUUUAAAGACCAACCAGCAAAUAAUGAAGAUAUUGAUGCAUUUCAAGCAUUCAUAUCCGAGUCUUCGCAAAAUAAAUUCAAUAAACGUUUGCGAGACGUUGUUGUUGACAUGGAUCGAUUGGGAUACAUUUAAAACAGUAUUUCACUGUUGUUAAUUGAAAAAAAUGUGUUUUUAUAUGAUUUUCAGCAGUCUAUGUAUUUCGGAUGGAUAUCCAUCCGAGAUAUUUUAGAAUAUCUGGAUAUUUAACGCAA